AGCCAGGGAGGCCUGGCCAGGCAGCUCAUUUCCCUGGGAGGGAGGGCACUUUUCCUCCACCACCCACUCGUCUUCCCUCGGCCACCUCCCUCGCUUUCUUCCUUACUUGCUUCUGUCCUCCAGGGUCAGACUGGCUCCAGCUUUACCUCAGGUUCACACUGCCAGGCCCCGUGAAGCUCCAGGACGCCAGACACGGGCAGGGGAGCGAACACCCAGGAGCUGUCUGCAGCCAUGCUGGCCCUCAGCCUGGUCAUUCUGGGCCUGCUCACUGCAGUGCCACCUGCCAGCUGUCAACAAGGCCUGGGGAACCUUCAGCCCUGGAUGCAGGGCCUCAUUGCAGUGGCAGUGUUCCUGGUCCUCGUUGCAAUUGCUUUCGCUGUCAACCACUUCUGGUGCCAGGAAGAGCAGGAGCCUGGAGCCAUGGUCAUGACUGUUGGAAACAUGGCGGAUGGGGUCCUGGUGGGAAUGGAUGGAAGGUACUCCUCAACGGUGGCUGGGUUCAGGUCCAGUGAGCACAAGAAUGCCUAUGAGAAUGUCCUGGAGGAGGAGGGCAAGGUCCACAGCACCCAAAUGUGACCCGGCUCACCUGAGGCAAUAAGGCACCUGCGAUAGAUGCCAGUGCCACUCAGCCACUUCUUUUGCUGUGCGGGAAUCGAAGAGUGGGCUGACACCCUUGAGUUACAGCCGGCCAAGGUUGGGGCUCAGACCAUGUCCAAGUGGGGGCUGGCUGUGGCCCUUGAGCCUUCCUGAGGGUGUCCUACCCAACUCCGAAAAGCCUUCUGAAAUGAUAGCCAGCUCAGCACCCCCCAUCAUGCCUCUCACCUCCCCCAUGAGCAUGGAAAUGGCCCUUCUUUCUGUGAAAUAAAGACUUUUUGUAUGUCUGAG